GAGUGAGAAAGCAGAAGUCGAAAGCAACGGCUGCAAAGGUGAGAUAGCGUUUUUGAACUCAUUUGGAAAAGACGGAUGUGCUAUCUGCAGGAAGCCGGCGUUCAAACCCAAGAGCGGAAGCCCGAUUCCAGCAAAGAGGAAGCUAGUGAAGACGAUGCUGGUUGCGUUAAUGGGGCAAUUACUUGCUUCCCCUGUCACAAACAAGAAAAAGCUACCAAAAGAUCGAUCUUCCUCGAUUUGA